AUGCUCAAAUCUGGUGCGCAUUCUUCUACUGAUGUCAAGACGAAUACACAACUUCAAACGAUUCCAUCGACACUUAAACCAACACGGACAGCCAUAGUUCAAGGUGGCUACAAACGUAUUCACUCGACCUAUUCCGACUUUCGCGAAUGUGUUGAAGACUACGACCUCAAGUCCGAUGACCUUGUUGUCCGUAAAUGGCGACACAAGACAACUCUGGGUGCAUGGAGUCCGUGGGAGUACGAAGUAGGCGAAUCGAACCGAACAGUUGUUGGAACCAAGGGCAGUGCCUUGGCCGAGUCUGGUGCUGGAUCUAGCCAGUUACUGGCCAUGGGAGAUGCUCUCAUGGCGGAGAGUGCGUCCAAUCCUUAUUUAGUGAGGAAAGACACUCGAACGCAGUUUGUAUGGCGUAUCCGGAAUCUACCCUGGCCAAAAGAUGUCUACCAAGUGCAUGUAGAUACCACUCUACGCAAGAUGGUUGUCCGUACCACCAACAAAAAGUAUUUUGCUCGAAUUCCAAUUCCAGACAUGGACAGAGCGGGCAUUCCAUUGCAGCAAUCCAGUCUUACUACAGAUUGGGGAAGCAACACACUGGUGAUUAUUUACAAUAAACCGGCAGCAAUCUUGGAGCUGGAGCAAAAGGAUCGACUGGAGCGACGUGAGUUAACGGGAGUUGCACCCGCAUCUAAAGAAGAUGUGCAAUGUAAUCCUUCUUAA